AUGUCCGACAGCCAGCGAGCAGAGUUCGCGGUCACUGAGUACGCGCAUGUCGAAGAUGCUAUUGAGAGGAUCCAGAGAGAGCAUGGCUCCAAAAAGCAGCUGCAAAGCAUGGGGCGGGUUCAGAGAUUUCUCGAGGCGAUGAAUGAGUACGGGAAAGUGAUCGAAGUCUUCCUGAACUGCAGUCCAUUUGUCGCUUAUAUCUGGGGUCCGAUCAAAUUUGUUCUUCAGGUUGCCAGCUCAUGGAGUGACUCGUUGGAGAUUUUGCUCAGCGCGUAUGAAGACAUCGGCGAGCGAGCCCCUUCCUUCCUACAGUACCAACUCGUGUUUGAGAGAAAUCCAGGAAUGUUAAGCACUCUAGAAAAGUGGUACUGUGACGUGCUGGAUUUCCAUUUUCAUGCUUUGAAGUUCCUCACAAGACCAAAGUGGAAGCAAUUAUUCCAUUCUUCCUGGAAGACAUUCAAUUCACAGUUCAGACGGAUCCUUGAUAGCCUGGAGCGCCACAAGGACUUUAUUGAAAGCGAAAAGAGCACGCUGGCGGUUCAAGAGAUCCAAAUGCUGCGUGAUGACGAGGCAGCUCGAUUCCAUGAAUUGCGACUCAACACUAUGCUUGACAAAAUUGAUGCGCCGAACUCUUAUAUCGAUCAGGAUAACAUGUCCGAGUGUCGACACAAUGCUGAGUCCGGUAAUUGGGUAUUCAACGACAAGAUAUUUCAGCAGUGGCGUGAAGUGCUUGAAGGAUCCAACCCACUAUUAUAUAUCCAUGGUAUUCCCGGAGCAGGGAAGUCAACUCUAGCAUCCCGAAUCGUUGAAACUCUCAGUGAAGAGGAAUCAAACCCUGUUCUCUUCUUCUACUGCAGCCAUCACCAAGAGGACAAGCAUACCUUUAUCGAUAUUCUUCGCGGAUUGAUAGCUCAGCUGCUUAGCAAGGACCCAGCCCUUGCUGUGUUCUUCUGCGAGAAGUAUACAGGCUAUGAUAGAAGAAGGUUCGGGUCAGCUAGUGUCAUCAAGGAAGCCGCGGAUAUUGCAUUCAGUAGCCAACGUACCUUGUACGUGGUUCUAGAUGGGCUAGAUGAAUGUGAUGAUUGCGAAACAGAAAAGACAUUGUCCUGGCUUCUCUCACGUCAGAAAAAGACUUCGCCAGGGACUGAUGGCCACAUACGUCUACUAUGCGUUGGUCAACGAACGGAUCUAUUGGAGAGAAUGUUGUCUUCCGCACAUGAUAUCUCCAUGGAUAACCAGCAGUGUCAUAAAGAUGACAUAAGGUUGUAUAUUCGAGACAUGGUGCAGAGGAUUUCUGACAACAUGAAUCUAAGUGCUGACAUACAGGAAAGAAUAAUUACUAAGGUUUCCGAAGUUGCGAAUGGCAUGUUCCUGUACGCGAAAGUAGUCAUGGACAAUCUGAUUGUCCAAUACACGCGCCGAGACUUGGAGAAUGAACUUGCACCCGGCGUAUUUCCGGACGGACUAGAUGCCGCAUAUCGCCGUGUUGAAUCAUCAGUGCUUCAUAAAGUUUCCCCAAAGCAGAAAGACACUGCCUUGCAGAUCUUACGCUGGGUAGUGUGUGCAACACGCCCAUUGAAGUGGCGGGAACUUCAAGCUACAUUCUUCAUUCACCCAGAAAGAAGCGUCGCACAACCCGAGGAAGACAGCCUGAGGGCUAGCUGCAAACGGUUCUGUAGCUCAUUUGUUGAUUUGCAUUUUGCAAAAAAGAGAGGGCCCACUGAAGCAACCGUUGUUUUAGUUCAUAGCACAGCACGAGACUACCUUGUCAGCGCCAAAAUCAUAGACCUUGGCUCCGAGCAUAAUCGGAUUGCCCUUUUCUGCUGCAAGUAUCUACAGUCUACUCCAUUCAAGGAGAGGGCAGAUCGCGAUCAAAUCCAGCAAUACUUCCACUCAGGAUAUUACGCACUACUGGAUUACAGUAGUUCAAGUCUACUUGGACACUUGAUUGGAGCGUCCGAGUGCCUGACCAACUCCGAAGAGAACCGCAAUGAUUCAGUGCAGGCCAUACGAGACUUCAUCGACGAAUACGGGAUACCUUGUGAAAUCAAGAAAAUAUAUGGCACAGAUCGUCCCAGCAACCUGGCCGAGUUUAUCCGUCACUUGCCGGAGAUUCCGGCCAUAAGAUACUCGAUGCUUAGCAUACAACAGCGAAUAAUAGCUAUCAGAGCAAUAAUCGAAGAUGUCCACAACCAUGGACUGCUGCCGGACACAGAGAAACGGAGUCUUGAUACUCUUUACGGGCCAGCAAGCUUCAAAUGCCCUAAAGCCUGGUGCAUGAAUUUUCAGCACGGUUUUGACACACUUCCAGAACGAAACCGUCACGUCAAUAGACAUGAGAACCCUUUUAGCUGCCCUGACAACGAUUGCCCCCUUCGUGAGCUUGGCUUUGACACGAAGACGAGUCUAGACCGACAUGUCCGACAGUAUCAUUCUCCGGCUCUGAACGUUGGGGGGGUUACCUUUCCACAGCCCCGAGAACGGAAGCGUGAUACAUUAUGCAAUGCAGCAGAACGAGGCGAUUUGAAAGCGGUGCAGAAAUUUAUAGAUAACGGAGCAGACGUCAAUCACUCCACUUCUCCGAAGAAAAGAGGGCAGACGCCCCUCUUCCUCGCCGCGAUGAACGGCCACCUUGCUGUCUGUGACAUUCUAGUAAGGCACGGCGCCAAUGCAAGCUACCCACCUACUAGGCCAACAGCUACGCUGUUGGCUGCCAUUCGACAUCGGAAAGAGGAUAUUGUCCGCUAUCUGAUCGAUGUGGUAGGUGUCCCCUGCAGAUCACGCACUGGGGAGGAAUGGCCGGGCUCUGUACUGAAGGCUGCAACGGAAACUGGGAAUCCGAAAAUCCUAAGAAGCGUUCUGAACAACACCAGAGAGCGCCUUCAUGCGAGGGAGAUACAAUCUGCUCUGUUUUUCGCCGCGGAGAUGGGUUACACCGGUUCAAUCCGGGAGAUAAUAGAGUCGAACACGACAACCUCAUUAGCCGAUCUGAAAUUAGGCCUGAUCAGGGGGCGCACCCCUCUACAUGUGGCAGCUGAGCGCGGCCAUAUUGAGGUCAUUCGCUUGUUGAUCGACAGCGGCAAAAUGUACCCGGAUCCUGACGGAACCUUUGAUGGGAGCCCUGUGCAGCUUGCCAUUGAGCAUGGUCAUUCAUCCGAGGCCGCGGCAUUGUUUGAAUUCGACCCGAGAUUUGGCGAAGAAUUGCUGCUCUUCCUUGGCAAGCGUGGCGAUCACAAUUUGGCCCGUGAUUUACUGAAGAUGUGCGAGUUUCCUAUUGACCAAGCCAUAUACAAGGCUGCUAUGAGAGGAGACGCAGCCACGGCUCACAUGUUACUUGCAUCACAAAGGGUAGACAGCUCUAUGAUAGACAAUUCUGGAAGAAACAAGGUUGGUCCGGACUGGUACGCGGUGUGGAACCCAAGUGUGCCAGGAGUUAUUGAUGUUGACCUGAUGCAUGACUUUGUCGUCUCAGCGAGCGUUACAUUUGUUACAUUCAGUGGAGACGGCAAGUACCUUGCAGUGUGUAGCCUGAGGCUUGCUCGCAUCUAUGAUCUAUCGAGAGGAAGGGAUGUUGGAAGUAUUACCAUUGAUGAUGAGGAGGAUGACACCUGCUACCUGCGCGCCGCAUGCUUCAGCCCUGACAGCAACUUCUUUGUCGCUGGGGGUGACACCAACAAUCUUUGGGUCUGCGAUCCUAUUACAGCACCCCCCUCACCAAUCCACUCCAAUCACACACAAUCAAUCACAGCGCUUAUAUUCUCACGCGAUGGGCUUCAUGUGGUGAGUGGAGGAAAGGACGGGUUUGUCCGAUUAUGGGAUGUUUCCGCAGGUUGGAGACUGAAACACACACUCGAAGCCCCCCAAGGUGUUACGUCGUUGGAGAUUUCUCCAGACGAUCGAUAUGUCUUGGCUGGCGAUCUUGGCGGCAUCAUAUCUAUCUGGGAAUUGGCCACAGGUGCGCUUGCGAAACGCCUAGGGGAGGGUGAUUGCCAUUCAAUUCCUGUGGACUCUAUAAGGUUCGCCCUGGACGGCCUCUCCUUUAUCAGCUACAACCUCAAUAAAGCGAUGACACAAUGGAAACUCUCACUGUUCGACCCAGAAGUUGUCUCCGAUGAUGUGCAGAAUACUGAUGAGGCUGUUAACCGUCACGUUGAUAAGGAGAGCGUUUUAUGUAUUUGUCACAGCCAUAACCGGCGGUGGCUUCUAUACUGUACGCUGAAAGGGGACAUCAAGAUCCAGGAUUCAGAAAAUAGGGAGGUCCAAUUGGUCCUCAGAGGCCAUGAGCACUUGAUAUACUCCUUAUCUUGCUCUCCCUCGGGAAACAUGUUCGCGACGGGUUCAGGUGAUGGCCACGCAAAGAUUUGGACUCUGGCAGACCUUAGUCCAUAG